GUAAAAGUGUCAGUGCCAGUGGCUUUAUUUAUACACACGAAAAUCCAAGUGACAAAUACAUGAAAGAUGGCCAGUAUGUCAAGGAUCGAUGGGGACAGAGUAUGUUGCUACGCACAUCCAGAUGCUCCUCUGAUAGAGGAUUACAGAGCAGGGGAUCAGAUCUGCUCCGAGUGUGGCCUAGUUGUCGGUGACAGAGUUAUCGAUGUUGGAUCAGAGUGGAGGACAUUCAGUAACGAGAAGUCCGGGGUGGAUCCAUCUCGGGUGGGAGGCCCUGAGAAUCCUCUGUUCAGUGGAAAUGAUCUGUCCACUAUGAUUGGUCCUGGCACUGGUGCUGCUUCCUUCGAUGCUUUUGGCAGUGCUAAAUAUCAAAAUCGACGUACUAUGAACAGUUCUGACAGAGCCCUGAACAACGCUGUCCGUGAGAUAACAGCCAUGGCAGAUCGCAUAAACCUUCCAAAAACAAUCGUGGAUCGUGCGAAUAAUCUCUUCAAGCAGGUGCACGAUGGAAAAAAUUUGAAAGGUCGUUCUAACGACGCUAUUGCCUCAGCCUGUCUGUACAUAGCCUGUCGUCAGGAAGGAGUACCCCGCACCUUCAAGGAGAUCGUGGCUGUCAGUAAAAUCAGUAAAAAGGAGAUUGGAAGAUGCUUCAAGCUCAUCCUGAAGGCCCUCAAGACCAGUGUGGAUCUCAUUUCAACCGGUGACUUCAUGUCAAGAUUCUGCGCCAAUCUGGGGCUUCCUAACAUGGUACAAAGGGCUGCAACGCAUAUCGCCAGGAAGGCUGUGGAAAUUGAUAUAGUGCCUGGCAGGUCACCCAUUUCGGUCACUGCUGCUGCCAUUUACAUGGCUUCGCAGGCUUCUGAGGAGAAGAGAUCGCAGAAGGACAUCGGUGAUGUUGCUGGCGUGGCUGAUGUCACAAUCAGACAAGCCUACAAACUCAUGUAUCCACAUGCCGCUAAACUCUUCCCCGAGGACUUCAAAUUCGCAACACCGAUUGAUCAGUUGCCACAGAUGUAAAAAAAUUGUUGCUGAAAUUAUCCUUUACUUACAUUCCCGGUCAACUCAAAAACCAGCGGAUUCUAGAAAAAUUAAGCCUUAAUUCGGGAAAUGGUUGUCAUUAUUAUUAUUAGACUGAAUAAAAAAAUGGAUGUUAAUUUAAAAGCCGAAAAUUGCGAGAUGAUAACGUGAAAAUGUGAGGAAUUUGGUAUGAGAUCGACUAUCGGCUCUUCUUGUUAUCUUAAAACGCCGAUUGAAGUAUAAACAGUUGAAGAAAUCCACAACUAAACUCAGUAAACGAUAAACUUCUAGUUAUCAUUUUUUAAGAUUUCUCCAUUUAUUUUUAAAAUAUCAUGAAGAACUCCAUCUAUUCAUAAAAUAUCAUAAAGAACCAAAAAAAUUCACUCUUUACUUUACUUUUAGUACUAUCACCUUAACCAUUAACUUUCAUUGACGGUGAAUGGGUUUAUAAUAGAUUAGUUUAAUUAUUUUUCUUUUAUUAUCUCUUCGUUCUAAGUACAAAUCAUUAUCACGUGUGAAGUUUUCCAUUGAUAUGAUUAUAAAUGUUUAUGAAAGAUGGUAUUUUGUCAUUGGAGUACAAUCGAUAUUGUAUUUUUAUUAUUGUAUGAAAAUGAGAAAUUGUAAAGAAGCAAUAAAUAUUGCAUAAUUUGAAUUGUAUACCUGAAA